GCCAUAUGCGGUGGACCAUUUGUCAAGGCGCUCACAAAGGCCAAUAAUCUCGCGUGACACGUGUGAUUCCCCGAUAAAAAGUGUCACGUGCUGGCCGCGCGCACCCCUCUACGGGCUAGCAUCGCGCGCGCCUACCCCCCACCCCGGCAGUAGAUUUGGAAAAACUUUUUCCCUUCGAACCGCGCGCGUUCGACUCGACUCGACAAUUUCGUCCCCGUUACUCGAUCAGGGAACAGACAACCGUCGGGGGAAGACGUGAACGGUGUUUUCCUCGCGAUUCAAUCGUCCCGACGAGACUAAUCUUUUGGUGGACAGAGUGUAACGGGGAGGCUGAUAACGAGAAAAAAUAAAGAAAUAAAGAAGGAAGGAAGAGGAGGGUUGGAAAAGGUGAUACACUUGCGGAAUAGGAAAUCCAACCAGUUUUUUUCUUUCUCUUCUUUUUCUCGAAAAGACCCUUCGACAAAGACUGAUCGGACUCCGCGGGGAAAGUUUCGACUGUGAUUCCCUCGGUUCGAUGCCAAACGUAAAAGGUUGAGAGCAGUGAGACAGUGUUGGUGCGCGGCUGCCGCGUGGGGUGGAAAAGGGAACGCAGCUUUUUCCUAUCGAGUAAACGGAGAUCUAUGGUGGCAAUCGACGGGUUACGCUGAAAUCUCUGGCACAGGUUUCUGCGACAGUGUUUUGACAGAGAGGAAUUCGUUGACGUCAGUGUCGGUGACUUCAACGCAGCUCUAAUCGACAGGCCAAAGUGAAACAGAGAUUUAUGUCGGGGUUAUAAUUGAAUCUUGAUUUCUUCGCGUCGCGAUCGAUGCGUUCGAAUGAGAUGAUGGAACAAGCUGACGUUUAAAGUGAAUCGUUGUUGCAAAAGUUUCAGGGUGUUUGUGCGUCUGGGCCGACUUUCCGGCGCGGUCCCAGUGGACAAUCGACGAAGAUCUCGUUAAGAAAGUGUGCUCGGGGACCAAGAAGAAUUUAUGGUGCACGAUCAGAGAAGGUGUUAUCAGCCAGGUGAUAAGCACCCUUCUUGGCCGUAAAACCACCACGCUGACACACGGGCUGCUUCUUCUCGCUCCUUCUUUUUCCACGUUCCCCUCUUCUCGCUCUCGACUCGGUGAAGGGGGCGGCCUGGUACGGUCCUUCAGCCGGAACGGAAGUCGCCCGCCCAGCGAGGGGACCGCGGGGGAUGCUGGAAGAUGAGCGCGACCGGUGAAAAGGGACCAAGGGAAGAGUGAAGGCAGGAACCGAGAAAGCAAUCCGGAACAACGAAGAUGAGAUGGGAUGCUGCGGUCUACCUACUUUCGCUGCUGCUCUUCUCGCUGGCCAAUCUUUGCUGGGCUCUCGUCGAAACCCGAGGAUGCAAUCGGACUGUCAGGAAUUCCGUUGGCUGGAUAAGUUGGACAGGCCGAAUGGGACGCUGUGUCGUUCGUAUUAGGGCACCAGCUAGAGACCCACAGGUAAUCGAGUUGAAAGUCCGAAGAUUACAGGUUGGUUUCUUGAAAAAUACUAAAUGCGAGGGUGCUUAUAUUCAAUUCUCGGAUGGGAACGAAGAUCUUGAAGAUGAAUCAGGACGAUAUUGCGGUCACGUAACUGGAAACAUAACCAGGUUGUUCCUGAGAAAGGGGCCGAACCUGACGAUCAUAAUGGAUUCGGACGCAAAGUUCGCCGCAGAGAAUCCGGUAAUGUUCUCCGCCCAAUUCUCGAUUUUGCCUGCCCAGCUAGCUAUCGAACGGCACCGCGGCUUCUCGCCGUCCCCUCCGUCCGCGUGUCCCUUGGAAUGUGCCGUACGUAAAGAUCGAAGAUCCUGUAAACUGGUGUCCCCGGGUUAUCCGGGUGUCUACCCGCGCGGUAUCAGAUGCAGGAUCGCGAUGGAGUCGUCCGCGGGUCGUUUCAAAAUCGGCGGCCAACCGGACGACCUCUUCGAUCUGAUGAACCGCACGUCCCAGGACGGCUGCCAGACGGAGAACUGCGAGCAGCACGUGGAAAUCGUGGCGGAUGUCCCUGAGACGAGGGUCGCCGGAUCGGAUGGACAGUAUCCGCCGAAAAAUAAGCCCGGAAGGAGACGCAGGAGUCCCGAUCACGAGGAGGAACUGGAAUUUAUCAUUGGGCAAACGUCCCGCAAGUUCAGGAGGGGCAGGAAUAAUCGGAGAAGACUUAAGAAAGUGAAGAAGGAAGCUGUUGGAUCAAAGGCUCCGAUCAAUUCCCGCGGAAAGGAGGUGGACAAGGAUGCCCGGAGGAAUAACGACCGUCUAAAAGAGAUCACCGAGCAGUCCUCCGCAGACGUUUUCCCCGGCAAAACCGGCUCCAGGCUAUCUGCCGGCUAUCGCGAUCAGGGCGCCCGGUCCGAAUCUAUCCAGAAGCGACUUCGUCACCCGCAACGCGUCCAUAAGAAGUCUAUGGGUCUGAUAAGCCCGAAGAAGAAUUCCCAUCGUGAUCUGCAAGACAUAUCGGACGUGAGGAUACUGCCCGACGGAACGCACGAGGUCGCCAGAAAGCGGUUGAUCCAGGAGAAAGUCAGUUUGCUGCAGGUUCCCGAAUAUCGGUAUGUGAGAAGGGGCCGAAUGCAAGAGAAAUUAGGGAGCAGCAGUUGCGUUGGCGACUAUCUCGCUAUCUUGGAGAACGUAGACGGGAAAAUUUUCGAAAUUUCGAAAUUCUGCGGCGAGGGUCACGUGCCGCGGAUUUUUUCGCGAGGAAAGCAUAUUAUCAUCGAAUUCUUCGCAGAACAGGAUGGCACGAUAAUGCACGACGGGUUCCAGUUGUCACUUCAAGAAACUGAAGAAUCGUCGGCCGUGCAACAUGAUGGAAACUGCGAGUUCAUUUACAAAAGCUCGGAGCGCACCAGAGAAAAUAUCAAGUCUCUGCAGAGCUGGUACCCGCCCAACACUCUUUGCAAUUACAAAUUCAUUGGGAGAUCUUCUGAGAAGAUUUCCAUUCAUAUGAAGAUAAUUAGAAAUGAACCGGAACAGGAGUACGCGACCCAGAAGCAAAACUUUUCUUUGAAUUACUGUACCGGAAACGAGAUCGCUGUUUACAAUGGGAUACAGGCAAACAAUAGUAUUCUAAUGUGGUCCUACUGCGACGUGUCUCACCAAGACAUCAACAACAUACAAGUUCCGCUCACAUCCACCGGAAAAGAACUAUUGAUACAAUAUUACAGCGCGAAAGGUUCGUACGAUGGACAAGAAUUCAUUUACACAAUAUCAUACAAGUUUACAAAGAAAUCGCAGAAUUCGACGACCAGGCGGCAAGUGCAAGACGAGAAUUUCAAACUGAUCUCCCUCAGGCCAGUGAAUUUUUCUGCUUUGAACUUGAACGAGAGUGAGAACUGCAACUGCGAUUUUGGCGACAGAAUCGGCAGUUUCAAAAACUGGUUCAUGGUUCUCGUUGUCCUGGGAGUCGUGUCCUUCCUCGGGGCUAUUUUCACUAUAAUCGCGCUCCUCGCAAAGUGUAUCAAAAUGAAAUCAAUGGAGAAGAAGCUUCUCCAAACCCCGAAACUGUGAGAUCAAUCAAACUUUUGUACAAAUUUCUAUUUAUGGAAAUAAAAAAUGUUUUUACACCCAAUAAUUAUCAAGUACCCGAACCUAGACUCUACACACUGUAAAAAAUUGACCGUAUUAGUCGUCGCGUCGUUCCAGUAAAGAAACGAAGAGGAACGAAAGGAUGCGGCCAAAUAAGGAGGUCAAAGCUACCCUUCAGCCAAAUUAAAUUGAUGUUCAACCAUUCGAUAGCUUGCCAAGAAAAAAUAAUUCGUGCCAAGUUUCGGGAGGAUAGCUGUAAGAAAACAUCGAGGUUAUUAGGGUUUCUCUUAUUUUUUUCUAUUUACUUAAAAUAUCUGAAAAAUGAGACUGGGGUAUAUUGUAGUUAACAAAGAAUAUGUUAAGAAAUCCUUCCGAAUUUUUUGGUGCAAAAGCUGGAUUUUUAUUAUGUUUUAACAUCUUUGAUUUUAUAUGAAUAAAAUUUCGAAUUAAGCAGUGAGAAAGAUAAUUCAUAAAAUAUAUCUACACAUUGUAAGAUUUUUAUGAGAAUGUUUGCAUUUGUUUAAGUAAGGGAAACAAAACAAAAAGGGAUCUCCUGGUUUUCUUUUGUAAUUUCAUUUCUGGUCAAGAUAAAGAGCUGAAACUUAGGUGUGAACUUUUGUUUCUUGACAAGCUAUUAAAUAGUCCAGCGUGAGUUUAAUUUCGUACAUGGGCACUUCUAACCACUUUAUGCGAUUAUAACCUUGCAGCAAAAUUUUUGCUUCUUGGUUCCAAAGUCCAACAUAAUUGCAAGAGAAAUCUUGAAAAUUUUCUACUUGAAAAGUUCCGUGCUUGCAUAAUAAGACUUUACAUACAGAACGUUUUUUACUGUACGAGAAAUAUUGCGAGAAAUAAUUCAUUCAUUAAAAAUCUAAGCGAUUUAUUUUAAUUACAAAAAUGUAUUGUGUCUGAAUAUAUAAAUGUAGAUUAUUUAAAUAUUUAAAUUUAUACAAAAUUUCAUUUGCUUUAUUAAAAGGUUUCAAAGAUGAACAGGACAAAUAUAUAUCUUCUCAAACUUAAGAUAUCUUCCUCUGCGUAAGUUCACCUUUUUGAGGUAAAGUAGCUAUUAAAUUAAUUUAUAGAAUUUUUCCAUCAUAAAUCUGAUUAGUUUUGCUUUUGGAUUUAAUUAAUCCAAACUUUACAUCAAUUGUAAGUUUCAUUGAUUUCAUGGUUUUCGAUCAAUUGAUUUACACAACUGAGACACUUACAUAAAAGAAAAACUAAAAUAGCAUAAAUACGCAUUUUUAUCAUAAUCUUAUUCUUGCAAUAUUUGCCAAAUAUUAAACAGCAUUCUGUAUAAUUUUGUAUCUUAUUCCUUAAAUUGAACGCACAUUAUAGUAACUGUGGUUUAUUGCUGCAACUUGUAAAUAGUAAAUAUAUGUGUACAUCGCGCUCAACAUAUCUGGUUAGAAAAUAAGAAAAUCGUAUUGUUAUGAUGGCCACGUGACACGUGGUUGUUAUUGCGAAAGAAAGCGAUGCAAAAUAUAAUAUAUAAAAGAUAUUCGUAUAAGAAAACUGUACUAUUUAUUAGGUAAUGGAAAAAAUGGAGGGGUCAGUUAUAAAAAGUUCUUUUCGAUAGUAAUUAAUAGAAUGCGAUUAUUUGUUACGAAAUUCCAUCCAGUUCAGAUGUUAGUUUAGAAAGAUAUCGUUUGCGCUCAAUAAUACUAUAAUUAAAUCAAAUAUAUGUAAAAUUAUUAAUUACAUUGACAGACGAUGAAUUAGAAACGUAAUUUAUUCAAUGAAAGAUCGGUAAACGUUUUGUCAUGCUAAAGUACGUCGUUUCUUGUUAGCGCUCGAUUUAAACCUUGGUGUACAAGUCUGAGUGAACACUACAGCCGUAUACGAGGUGUCCAAUUUUAAUUUACUUGGGCAGAUGUCUUGAAAAAUUGUCAAAAUAAUGAAAAUCAUUUCGAAAAAAAGCUAUAGAGUAUUUACCCGUUAAGGUAAAUGCCUGUAUUAAGUUAACCAUUAUAUAAUUAAAUUAAAUUUUUUAAUAAUGAUGCUAAAAAUAAACAAAUUUUGGUAUAUAUGUCAAUCGAAUAUUUUUAACCAGUGGUUAAUCAAGUGCAUAUGUAAACAACAAAUAUUUACACUUGAUUUUGUCGAACACGAAAUCUCAAAUAAAAAAGCUUUAUUUUCCAUGAGAAAAUAAUUUGAAAAGAUAGUAAUUAAUUUCUGUCGUAAUCAAUGACUCAAAACAAUAAUCAAAUCAAACUCAUAUUACUGUCAGCUGCAAGAAUAUACAUACAAUUAAAAGUAUAGAUUUUUGUUUAAAAAUUUGGAGUUGAUUUAGGAAAAGCCUCUGAAUGUUAUCGCGAAGUGAAAUUAAAUGUAAACAUAAUCUACUUCCUCGAUACCCUGCAGCUUUCGUUGGAAAUGUUUUUCAUAUAUCUAUUUCAUAUGUUCAAACAUGUUUAUCUGGGAAGAUGAAAAUCACACAUCCUGUUUAUUAUACUAAUAUUAACUAAUAUUAACCCCUUGCCUCAUAAUUCCUUUUGUUGCUAUGACAGAUAAUCAUUAAUAAGUUGCUAUAAAAAUUAAGUAAUCAAUACUCUUCUUAAGUCUAAAUGAACUUUAAAUGUUAAAAAUUCCUAACAAAAAUAACACAAACACAAUUACAAAUAAUACUUAUAUUCAUUAACUUCUAUUUUAAAUCUUUCUAACUGAGCUAACAUGGUAUUACGAGGCAGGGGAUUAAUGAACCGAAAAAGUGAAUCAAACACAAAAUUCGAUGAAAAUGCUCAAAAUUCAUUCUACAUCAAACUGUAAGGAGAAAACGAAAGUUUGCUAGGUUACGAAUGAAAUACGUGCGAACGAGGCAUUUGGUCGUGUAAUGUCUCGCGAGAUAAACUAUUUCCCCAUUUAUUGCAUCCCGUGGCAGCGGCUUCUUUAUACACGGAGGAAAAUGAUCGCGGUAUGGUAUCACGCAAAGAAUGAGCCAGAAAACUUCCUAUUUCCAAGGAACAAAUAUUUUACAUCAUUGUGUGGACCAAUGUAUUCUGCGUUACCGUGGAACAAGUAUUAUAUGAUAUGAAUACUGGGUAAGUUUCCUAACAAGUAUAAGUCAAAUCAAACUCGACGUGUCUGGUAAAGGUGUCCACAGUAUUAUCGUGUUCAGAUAAAUGGUUGACCGAUGUACAUUACCGCUACAAAAUAUUUGAUCAUUUACUGUAAUUGUAAUCUAAAGAGAAAACGAUUGAAAAGAACAUUAUUUUAUGGCUGUUGGUUCACUACUAUUAUUCAGACAGAACAUUUCAAGUGUUUUCACAAAAAUCUAAACGUUCAUUCGUAUUAUUUUCACUGGAAGAUCAAUGUUUUACUUAAUUCAAUUAAUAAGCGAUUAAAUAUUUUUCAACGGCAGUGUACGUAAAUACAAAGUUUCCUAAUUAUUCGACAGACGAAUGAGUUACGAUUCAUUAUCAAAUUACGAUGGAAGGAAAAAUUAUAAGUAGCAGUUUUCUGCUUUUUAUAUCACACCCUUACGGAAGAGCUGUCGCAAAUAAAAAAGUUUACAAUGUUUGGUUCAUUACACGCAAAGAAAUUUUUUUUAUGUAAAAAAUUGCCACCAGGAAAAGAGUUAAAUAAUUAAUUAGAAUAUUUCAAACGAUAAUUCACUAAUUUUCCACACUAAAAGUUCUGUUUAUUUUUCGGAAAAAUUUCAUGUUUUCAAUUUGUGACAGUUGUUUCAUUAGAAUGUGAUACAUUUUACAAGUUAAAUAAGUUAAUAAUUCAUUUUUUACCUACUUCUUGAUUUUCCUUCCAAAAGUAUUCGAACAAAUAACAGAAAAACUAUUCACAAUACCAUUCAGUCAUCCAUGAUUUGUCUACGAAGGACAUACAAAAUUUAGUGUCUCUUUUAAAGCGAGGCUUUAAAAAAAGGCUUUUCAAUUGAAGAAUUCAGAAUCUUUCUCAAAAUGAUUUUGAGAACUAUUAAAAAGAACGGAGAUCGAGAAAAGCAAUAAUGAACAUUUGAUCACAAAAACGGAUAUUAUCUUUCGUUCUCAGCAAAUAUUUGAAUAUUAGAACUCGCGAUAUUUGAAGAUUCCCUGGACUGUUUUUACAUCUUUAUCAUGAGAAAAUUAGUCUCUGAUGAGAAUUCUAUAACCUUUGAGUGCAUUAUAUCCCGAAAUCGUGAUGACCGAUAAAAAAAUGAACAUACGAUGACAGUAACUGGGAAUUAUAUACAGCGAUAUGUUUGAAAUGCAUUGCAGUGACUCGGUCAAGGUAUGAAUCAGCGCUGCUUCGUAUAUUCCAUGCGUAAUUUUGAAACUCUCCGAAGCCACAUACAAAGAAAUGUACAACGUUCGGCUGCCGUGCCAAAUAAUAAUUUAGCAAAAUGUUCCUAACUCGUUUCAUACAUGCAUUGAGUCGCGAAGUGUACUUCAAAAUAUUGAUUUCCGCGUCGUUGCUUGUAUUCGUGUAUUUCCAUUGGAUAUUUCCAAUUCCUUCACGUUUGUAACUGUGAAACGUAUUUUUAUAAGAGAAAACGCAACUUGUAAUGUGAUAAUCUGUAUUUAAUCGAAUUAUACACCCAGCAAGAAAUCAUACGAUGAUGUGUAAGUGUGUC